AGUUUUUACCUGGAAUUUCACUUUGAACCAAAUGACUAUUUCACUGACACAGUUUUAACUAAAUAUUAUGAAUUAAAAUGUGUUCCGGAUCCAACCGAUGUCUUUUCCUUUGAAGGGCCUGAAAUUGUUAGAUGCAAAGGUUGUACAAUUGAUUGGAAAAAAUCCAAAAAUGUGACUAUCAAGACAAUAAAGAAGAAGCAAAAGCACAAGGCCAGGGGUGCUGUUAGAACUGUCACAAAAACAGUUCAAAAUGAUUCUUUCUUCAACUUCUUUAAUCCUCCUGCAGUUCCAGAAGAUGAAGAUCAAAUGGUGAGUAAAAUAAAAGUAAUCAAAAACAUUAAAUUUUUAAAUGAAAGUAUUUAGCCUUUUUUUUUUAUAUGCAAAUUGUCUUGGAAUUUCAACCAUU